UAUUCAAACGGAAAAAGCAAAAGAGGUGGAAAGAAAAAGAUAAAGCAAAGUGUUGAGUCAGUCAGUCAGUCAUGCUAAUGCUAUUGCUACCAGAAUUUGCCGUUCUGCAUCUCUAUACUUACCUUUCAUUUACGGCAACAACACAACACUCUAUCACCAAACCCUAGAUACUACCGAUAACGGUCGAUUAUCUCUUCCUCAACUUCUACAUUCAUCACUCUUACACAAAUCUCUCAUCCAGCUGUUAAUUUCCUUCUGGUUAACUUACUUUUACUCAAAAUCAGAGAGUUUCAUCGGUUACAGUAUCGGCAUUUGAUGGUGUACAAUAAACAAAAAUGAAAAGGAUUUAUGAAUCAAGAAAGCUUCCGGAUCACCAACAAUCGUUUCGUAUGGACAAGUUACCACACACACAAUACAUUUCGGUAGAAGACGACGGUUAUCUUGACUUUUCCGAUUUACCCGUGCCCGUGAAGCCAUGGAAGGGGAAAGACUCACUCCUUGACAACGAGCUUAUUUUAGAUAUUAGCACGCUAAAAAGAACCGACGAUUCUCUAGAUGAUAUCGGUUCCACAUCAUUCUCGGGAGCUAGUCAUCCCCCAGAGCCCAUUGACAUCGAUUUCAUGAGCCCGGUGCGUGUACCCAUGGGUCAAACCAAAUCACCCGAUCCACAAUGCUUACUGAAAACCUUGUCAGUAAAGGGCCCAUUUCUAGAAGAUUUGACGCUUCAAGAUUCCGAAAUCAAACAAAGCCCGUUAGGCCCAUUACUUGGCCCGUCACCCGAGAGCUCCCCGUUACAAGAUUCGGAAAAAGAGUGCGUUUGGGACGCUUCUUUACCUCCUAGCCCGCAUAGUAGCAUUGAUAGUACCGGUAUUAUCACGGGUAUGAGCGUUGCGAACAGCUGCUGUACGAGCAAUGGGGUUACAAGUGACGGAAUGCUUAGUGUUGAUAAAUUUAACGAAAGUACAAAAGGGAGUGUACGAGGGGAUUCACUAGAAAGCGGAAAAACAAGUGUUAGUCGAGCGAGUGAUAGUAGCGGGCUAAGUGACGAUAGCAACUGGAGUAAUUUCACCGGGAGUGUUAACAAGCCUCACAAAGGGAAUGAUCCGAGGUGGAAAGCGAUUCUUUCUGUUCGGGCCCGAGACGGGCUUUUGGGCAUGAGUCAUUUUAAGUUGCUGAGACGGCUCGGUUGUGGUGACAUUGGUAGUGUGUAUCUUUCUGAACUGAGUGGGACCUACUGCUGCUUUGCAAUGAAGGUGAUGGAUAAAGCAUCCCUUGCUAAUAGAAAGAAACUGUCACGAGCUCAGACCGAACGAGAGAUAUUACAACUGCUUGAUCACCCGUUUUUACCGACUUUAUAUACUCAUUUUGAAACCGAUCGGUUUACUUGUUUGGUUAUGGAAUAUUGUCCCGGUGGUGAUCUGCACACGUUACGGCAACGCCAACCUGGAAGACAUUUUUCAGAACAUGCAGCAAGGUUUUAUGCUGCUGAGGUUCUAUUAGCGCUCGAGUAUCUCCAUAUGCUGGGAGUCGUAUACCGAGACUUGAAGCCCGAGAACGUGUUGGUACGUGAUGACGGUCACAUAAUGUUAUCCGACUUUGAUCUUUCUCUAAGGUGUGCGGUUUUGCCUACGCUCGUGAAAUCAUCUCAAAACUGCGACACGUCCAAACGACAGUCAUCGUGCAUCGAGCCCACAUCCGUUUGCAUCCAACCCACGUGUUUCCUCCCGCGCAUUUUCACUCCAAAAGCCAAAAAACGAAGCGCUCACAAAUCCCGAGCUGACCUCACCCCACUAUUCGGAGCACUGCCGGAACUCGUUGCCGAGCCGACCGCUGCUCGGUCGAUGUCAUUUGUCGGGACUCAUGAAUACUUGGCACCCGAAAUUAUCAAAGGGGAAGGGCAUGGGAGUGCGGUAGAUUGGUGGACUUUCGGGAUAUUCUUACACGAGUUAUUAUACGGUAAAACCCCUUUUAAGGGUUCGGGAAACCGAGCCACUUUGUUUAACGUAGUUGGGCAGCAGUUAAAGUUUCCGGAAUCACCGGCUACGAGUUACGCGAGCCGGGAUCUAAUCAAGGCGUUGUUAGCCAAAGAGCCGCAAAACAGGCUUGGAGUCAAAAGAGGAGCCACUGAGAUCAAACAACACGCGUUUUUUGAAGGUGUUAACUGGGCUCUGAUCCGUUGCAGUACCCCGCCUGAAGUGCCGAGAGCUAUGGAGGUGGAACCGCAACCUGUGAAUUUCCGGGAAGCCGCCCCAAUUGGGGCGGGUGGGGCGGGUAACGAUAGCAAGAGAAUGGUGGAUGUGGAGACGAAGCCUGGGGGUAAUUUUGUGGACUUUGAGUUCUUUUAACUACCCUUAUAUAGAUUUUUGUUUAUGUUGUUAUCGCCGACUAUUUAUUCUCACCGUGUGAUCAAAUGUUGUAUUUUGGUUCGUUGCAUGCAAGUACUGUUGUGGUUUUGUCUACUUAAAUGCGUUAUACUUGUUCACUUUCUUCGGAAAAAUUUUUAACAUAGCGAUCGUAAUGUUCAAUGUGAUAGUCGACUUUA